AUGGCCUUCCGACUAGCCUCUCUGGCGCGCAGACCCGCCGCUAGCACCGCCGCGGGGCACGCAUCCCGGUCCUUGCUCCAGCCGCAGCACGCUGCAGCAGCGUACGCGCGGGGAUUCCUGGGAUCAGGCGCAACGAGAGUAGCAGCAACCGCAGGAGCAGCAGCAGCAGGGGUAGCAGCAGGGGUGGCAACAGGAGCGGCAGGGACAGCAGCAGGGGCGGGAGCAGGCCGUUUAAGAGCGGUGCUGUGUGCUGGCGUGAGUGGGUCGGCGAGAGCUGUGGUGUUAGAGGCCUUUGGAAGGAGUGCGGGUAGGAGUGGAUCAGCUGCGGCGGCGCUGACAACAGGAGCAACUGGAGUAACUGGGGCAACUGGGGCAACGGCAGCGGCAGCGGCAGCAGCAGCAGCAGCAGCAACAGCAGCAGCAGCAGCAACAGCUAGAAGCCACUCUUUUCCUUCUGGCUUCGCAGCUCUCACCUUCACACGAACCUUCACCAGAAGCUUCGCCUCGUGGGUGCCGCAACGUGGCCCGCACUGGCUGCAACGCCGGCAGUCCAACCAGUCGUGGGCGUCGGGGCACCCAGAUGCCGUGGUGUGGGCGCUGAUUGCUGUGAACGUGGGUGUGUUUGCCGCGUGGCACACGCAGAACCAGACCGUCAUGGCCCGUAACUUCAUGGUGUCAGUGAAUGCGAUGUACGAGGGGCGCUACCACACACUCCUCACAUCCGCCAUCAGCCACCGUGAGGGGCGGCACCUGCUCUUCAACAUGCUCGGCCUCUACUUCUUCGGCUGCGAGGUGGCACGCAUGUAUGGGCCGCGGUACCUGCUGGGGUUGUAUGCGUCGGGAGCAGUGGUGGCAUCGCUGGCACACGUGUUCUACUUUCAAUACAUCGUGCCCAGGACCGAUAAAAAGUCUGUGUGGGCUUGGCAUCCACGCCUCUCGCCUCCAGCCAUGGGUGCCAGUGGAGCGGUGAACGCCAUAGUGCUCUUCAGCUGUCUGCUGCAGCCCACGCGGAUCAUCUACCUCAACUUCAUCAUCCCUGUGCCCUCCAUUCUCCUUGGAGUGCUGUACGUAGGGCAAGACCUGUAUGGAGCAGCCAUGCUCACUUUCCUGUCCCUGUGUCUUUUUCCUUCCACCACCACCCCACCAUCAUCGUACCGUUUCCCUCAGGGCGGGUCGCACAUCGGGCAUGCAGCUCAUCUAGGGGGUGCCGCCGUGGGCGUGGCUGCAUGGGCCCUCAAGCGCGGGCGUUACCACUUCCGGCGCUAG